GGGUUGAGAAGUCAAAGCUCGCUUGUCCUUCCCUCUCUUCCCUACCUUUUACCUGCUAUCUCCUCACAGUCCUCGGCCAAUCUAUUUUUUUCACCAAUCCCAACUCUGGAUCAGUUUUGCGCUUCUCACGCACGGCCCCGUGGUUCUGCGGUUUGGGGUGGGUCCCAGUCCAACACAGGGACGGCAAGAACCGAGGCAAGGCUGACCUACUGGAAAUGUGGAGAUUUUUAUUUUUCAGCACUGGGUUUCAGGAACAUGGACGGAAAAGGAAACAGUUAGAUUAAUUUCAUUUUUUCUUGCCGUUUGGAUUAUCUGUCACAGGUAGCUGUUCCUGCUCUGUGCUCCUUUAAACCUAAUGCUUUUGACGCCGCAACACUGACAUGGCUCCUGUGUAGAAGAACUGCUGCAGGCAGUGAUGGCUCUGGAUCGUGUCAUCACAUGUCCAGCUUUGGACUAGAGGUUCGCUGAGUGCCAAGGGAGACAGUCCCACCCACAGAGACGCAAUUGUUGUCACACUGGUCGCUAUCAACUCCCCGCCUCUCCCUCCGCGUCUAUAGCAGCAGCGUCAGUGCGAGGACAUGGCAAAUCACAGGGACCCUCGUUUUCUGCACAACCUGUCUUACCACCCGCGAUGGCAGCACGACUCAAUACAAGUGAAACGGAAAAGACACACACGGACAGAGGUCACAAAGAGUUGCACUAAGUUUAGUCUGUUUAAAUCCACAUCACCGUCAUCGUCAUCAUCAUUAUUGUUGUCAUCAAGAUCAAUAAAAGCAUCAGUAAAACCACAGUUGCCAUCAACCCCUGUGCAGUGCUGCAGGAGAUCAUGGAGGAACUGGUUUCUUCUGCCCUUACUCAUGGUCUCAUUCCUUCCGGGUCACGCCUGGGCUACCACCUUUAAAGUGGCUCUGGUUGGACCCUGGACCUGUGACCUUUUAUAUUCCAAAGCUCUCCCUGACUUGGCAGCCCGUCUAGCCACAUCCCGGAUAAACAAAGACCCCUACCUCAACCAGGGCUACUGGUACGACUACACGCUGAUCAAUGAGGACUGCAAGUCGUCGCGGGGCCUUGCUCGUUUUGCUGAGCUGAAAGGUUCUGGUGCUGCUUUUCUAGGCCCGGCCAACCCAGGCUACUGCUCAUCAGCGGCUUUGUAUGCGAAAGAGUGGGAUGUUGGGAUUCUCUCCUGGGCUUGUUUGAAACCCCACAUGGGGUCGACAGGCAUGUACCCUACCUUCCUCAGGCCUCUGCCGCUGUCCUCCCAUGUUAUUUUUAGCGUGUUACGAUACUUCCGAUGGGCCCAUGUGGCCAUAAUCUCAGAGGAGACGGACAUUUGGGAAAGCACAGGGCAGGAGCUGGCUUCUUCACUGAGAGCCCUUGGCCUGCCUGUCAACCCUGUGGUCACCGUGGAGGCCAAUAAAGAGGGGCCUCGCAGGGCACUGACCAGAGUGCGUGAGACAGACCGAGUCAGAGUGGUCAUCAUGUGCAUGCCUUCUGUUCUGAUCGGCGGCGAAACCCAGUACCAGCUUCUAACCACGGCGCUGUCCAUGCGCAUGAUCGACCGUGGCUACGUGUUCAUCCCCUACGACACCCUCCUGUACUCGUUACCCUACAACAACGCAGACUACUACAUGUUGGGCAAUGACACAAAGCUAAGGAAAGCCUACGAUGGGGUCCUGACCAUCACUGUGGACUCUGGCGACCGCAGUUUCUACGAGGCCUUCAAAGACGGUCAGGACAGCUACGAGAUCCGCAGCAGUACCCCACCAGAGCAGGUUUCUCCCUUCUUUGGCACCAUCUACAACAUGAUGUACUACACAGCGAUGGCUGCUGAGCAGGCCCGCACCAGCAGAGCCCGUUGGGUGACCGGUAGGAUCCUGGGAGACAGUGACGGCGGCUUUGAAUUUGAAGGUUUUAACCAACCCGUAAGUGGCGGCAGGUACGGCGAAGGCAUGCAGGUUCGCUAUGUAGUACUAGACUACAGCGGCAUGGGGAACUCCCUCUACUCUACGCACGUCCUGGAAGCGGCGCACACCAGUAGCAGGAUAGGGGGAGUCAAGUACCUCGGCCGCUCCAUUCACUUCGCGGGCAGCACACCCUACAAGGACUCUACCUGCUGGUUCACGCCCUACUUUGCCUGUUCUGGAGGCAUCGACACGGUCUCGUUUUUCUUUCUCUUCCUCUUGUUCAUUUCAAUCGCUGGAGUUGCAGCCAACAUCUUCAUCCGAUUCAAGCGAGGCGGCAGAGUCGGGUUCAGUUUCGGAGGCGGUGGAAAUAGUGGAUUGACCAAAAUCGUGCUGACGCUGGACGACCUGGUGUUCAUCAACACUCAAAUCAGCAAAAGGAAGCUUAACGAUGAAAGCAUCCUGAAGAGCCAGUUGGAUAUGAAGACGCCCCAUCACUCAGUGUCCGGUCGCAGCUACUUGGCCUCGACGCCGGACAGCUCCAACGUCGCUGUGUUUGAGGGCGACUGGGUUUGGUUGAAGAAAUGUCCCAGUGGAUCGGUCUCAUCUGUAAACGGCAGCACUGAAAACGUCUUUGUUAAGCUCAGAGACAUGCGGCACGAGAACAUCAACCUGUUCCUUGGACUCUUCUUUGACUCUGGGAUCUUUGGGGUUGUGAUUGAACACUGCAGCAGGGGCAGCUUGGAGGACUUGCUUAGCAACGAGGAUGUGCGCCUUGACUGGAUGUUCAAGUCGUCCCUGUUAAUGGAUCUGAUCCGGGGCAUGAAGUACCUGCACAACCGUGACAUCAUCCAUGGCCGGUUGAAAUCCCGUAACUGUAUGGUAGACGGGCGCUUUGUGUUAAAGGUGACAGAUUACGGAUUCAAUGAAAUCAUGAUCGCCCAAAGUGUCGACACUGACGAAGAAAAGCCAGAGAACCUAUUUUGGACGGCGCCCGAACUGCUGAGAAGUUCUAGCCUGAGGCGCAGGGGGACCUUCUAUGGUGACGUCUACAGCUUUUCCAUCAUUGUGCAGGAGGUCAUCUCUCGCUCUGCACCUUUCUGUAAGCUGGACAUGCCUCCCAAAGAGGUCAUUAACAAGGUCAGAGACCCUCCGCCUUUGUGUCGGCCCACUGUGUCAGUAGAGGAGGCCCCACUGGAUGUGAUACAGAUCAUGAAACAGGCGUGGAGCGAGGAACCGGAGAAGAGGCCGACCUUUGAGGAGAUCUUUAAACGGUUUAAGAGCAUCACUAAGGGUAAAAAGACCAACAUCAUCGACUCAAUGCUGCGAAUGUUGGAGCAGUACUCCUCCAAUCUGGAGGACCUGAUCCGAGAGAGGACAGAGGAGCUGGAGGUGGAGAGGCAGAAAACUGACAACCUGGUGGCUCAGAUGUUGCCUAAGUCUGUGGCUCAGGCGCUGAAGACCGGCAAGCCUGUCAAACCUGAACACUUCAGUGAGGUCACCCUGUACUUCAGUGACAUUGUGGGCUUCACCACCAUCUCCGCCCUCAGUGAGCCCAUCGAAGUAGUCGAUUUACUCAAUGACCUCUACAGCCUCUUUGAUGCUAUCAUUGGAUUACAUGACGUCUACAAGGUGGAAACUAUCGGAGAUGCCUACAUGGUGGCCUCAGGGGUCCCCACCAGGAACGGGAACCGUCACGCAGCCGAGAUGGCCAACAUGUCUCUCGACAUCCUCCACUGCAUCGGCACCUUUAAGAUGAGGCACAUGCCUGAACUAAAAGUCCGGAUCCGUAUUGGCCUGCACAGUGGCCCCGUCGUAGCAGGGGUAGUGGGUCUCACGAUGCCUCGAUACUGCCUGUUCGGUGAUACUGUCAACACAGCAUCAAGAAUGGAGUCCACGGGGUUGCCUUACAGAAUCCAUGUCAACCAAAGCACAGUUGAUGUCCUGAACAGCCUGAAGCUGGGAUAUAAAAUUCAAGUCAGAGGUCUGACAGAGUUAAAGGGUAAAGGUAUUGAGAACACAUACUGGUUAGUUGGGAGGGAAGACUUCCACAAGCCUCUGCCUAUUCCCCCAGACCUUCAGGGGGGAAGCAACCAUGGUAUAAGUUUAGAGGAGAUCCCUGUUGACAGAAGACAAAAGUUCUUGGACCGACAGAAGAGGAUGGGCUAAGCUGACGAGGCGUCGAGGACUUCAGAAGUAAAAAUAUUUUCUACAACAACAUUGUGAAUCUUUGAAACCAUCCAAACGCUCACUUGUGCAAUCUGAAAUCUGGUACUAGUGACACAGGACAUGAAUACAUCAGACAGAAUUGUUCUUGGAGAUUAUUACUCUGUUCGUUGAUUUGUUUAAGCACAUCGGUGCCAAGAUAAACACUCGCCCCAAGAAUGAGCCAAAGCAGGCGACUGUCCGCGUUUGUCCAAAACCUGGUUGAUUUACAGCUGCAAAAUGUGCUUAGAGGACAACGAUUGCCUACACAGGGGAUUAUGGUGGUUGCGUCUGUGUAAAUCAUCUUUGUGCUUUGUAGAAACACAGAAGAGAUUUUAUCAAGACCACCCCAAGAGGGGGUGGAUGUCAGGAAGGGGUUGGGUGGAUGGAAGUGUAGACUGUUCACCUCAGGUAGAGCCGAGCCUUCACUCCUCACAGCCCAGAGCCGUCCAACAGCUGGAAUAAUGACUUCAUACUUUAACACACUCACAGGCAUCGCAUGCACUAUCUGGGUAUAGCGCUCAGGUCAAGAAUAUCUCACAUCAGUUAUUAUUCACUCACCCGUUGAAGCCAUGUUAUUUUAAAAGCGUUAUUUAUUUACCAAUAAAUUGAUUUUCAACAUUAGAUUUAUUGUACAUAUAAAUUUGUUUAUAAUCGGUAUCACGAUGUCUUAUAGAUAAGUUUCAGUCAUUUGACCAACAGGUCUGUUUUAUUCUAACAUAUCAGGUCUAUUAUAACUAAUAGGCAUAAAACAUAAAAUGUGCUCUGCAAAAACGUUCCAGACCGGCAUCACAUACACUGACUCACUGUAGGUCGCUGUUCCAUUUACUAUAUGUUGACUUUUCUACUACAACGCAAGAUAUGUGACACACAACAACAUGAGAAUCCUUCUAAUAAUGUGCUUCAACGUUGAGCCUUUUUACAAGCGGCUGUGUUUUCUAGGCAGACAUGCCCGGCUCCAUCUUAGGUUUUAUGCCAUUAUCUUCUGUUCGGGCUUUCUAGGACCCCAGACAGCAGCUGUAUCUGAAGGUCCUCUGAGAACUGAUGUUCAUCAAGUCCAUCUCUCAUGCUCACCCCCAGGGAACCCUAGUUUGCAGAACAUUUGGGGGAGCGUGCAUAAGAAGGGGACAGAGGCCUGUACGUACUGUAAAUUUGUACAUAGUUUAUCUUUGUUUCCUGCAGGAUUAGGGAUUUUUAGUGGAUUUGUUUCCUUCCUGGGUUUCCUAAACCCCUGACACACAAGGAGAUCUCAACAUACUCACAUAUUCACCCAUUCAGGUUUGGCUUACUUGUCCGAUGCAGCACUGAGCAUCAGGGUGUGAUGCUCCUCUGGUGGGUUUCAGUUUGUGAAGGGCUUUUCUGUGGGAGCCAGGCGCUGGUCUCGUCUAACAUCUAGCAUGUAGGUCAACAUGUAGACUGUUAAAUGGAUUUCUAGAGGUUUGGUUGUCACAUACAUUAUGCUGUUUAGCGCCAGCACUGGCUCUUCACGCAUGAUCAAACCCCAGAGGACUGUGAAAUACAAAAUCCUGAGUUAUGAUGAAAAUCACAGGGGAAGUUGUCUGAAUGGCUCCUGGAUCUGUUGUUCUAACUCAUAGGUAAAACCUGUGUGUUCUAGAUUUUUGAUCAAUUUGCCAAAUUGAUAGAAAUCAUCAAACUUGAAUGGACUGUGUUGUUUGUUUUAAAAGUGAUCUUAAAGUGUUUCUGUAAAUAAAUUUAUGGUUUUAGUCAA